UCCCAAAUUAAAAUAAAAUUUUCUCAAUCUCUCACCUCUCAACCAGAAAGAAACCUUCUUCUUCAUUAUCAUCGGAGAAAUGGGCGGAGACGGCAAAGUUUUCACCUUGGCGGAGGUUUCUCAGCACAGUAGCUCCAAAGACUGUUGGAUCGUCAUCGACGGCAAGGUUUAUGAUGUGACAAAAUUCUUGGAUGAUCAUCCUGGUGGUGAUGAGGUUAUCUUGACUUCUACAGGGAAAGAUGCCACCGAUGAUUUUGAGGAUGUUGGACACAGUUCUACCGCAAAAGCCAUGCUAGAUGAGUACUAUGUGGGUAAUAUUGAUACAUCUACUGUCCCUGUUAAAGCUAAGUUUGUGCCUCCUUCUUCGAACAAAGCCGAGCCUAAUCAGGGUAAGAGCUCUGAUUUUGUCAUCAAGCUGCUUCAGUUCCUUGUUCCUCUUCUUAUCUUAGGCUUGGCUUUUGGUAUCCGGAAUUACACCAAGGCCAAGACUCCAUCUUCUUGAAGAUUUGAAUUGUGGCCUAAGCUAUUGCUUAUGUACGAUGUGGUUAAACUCUUUGUUCUCUCCAUCUCUGUCUGUCUUGUAAGACCUCAUUAUAUUCUCUUUUGCAAUCAACUGAGAGACCUUUGAUUUAAUAAGUCAUCUACCUUUGUUGUCU